GGCGGACGUGACGUCAUCAGCCGCCUUCAUCCGGGGACCGAGACCCUGGACCUUCCCUCCUCCCAGUGCCCUUCCAUUAGUAUUUAGUGUUAUUUCCUAUAUUUUCCAGCUGUUUUCAUGCAUAGAGAAGAAUAGAAAGAGGAGGAAAGAAGGAGAAAUGAAGAAGGAGGAGGAAGAAGAGGGAAGGGAAGGAGGAAGAGGAGAAGGAAAAGAAGAAAUAAUAAGAAAAGAUUUUCACUGAAUUUCCAGCGUUUUAAAGAAUUAAUUGAUGAGCUACAGAACUACAGCAUCGUUCAGGUGGCAGCCGGAGACCAGCACUCUCUUGCUCUCACCUCCUGGGGCCUGAGAUCAGCUGAUCUUAAUCAGCAGCUGAUCUGAUCAGCUGCUUAAGUGUAAGCACAACACACUCCCUCUUUUGUACAACUUGAGGCAUGAUGAAGGCGUCAGGCCAUAAACAGUGCACACGCGGGACUGAGUCACUCGGUAAACACAGUGCAGUGGGCCGCGGGUGGCGCCAAGCAGUGCGCUCUGGUGGCCAGGGGACACACUAUGCCUUGCCCAGGAAUUUUAAUCGAUUUUAUCUACGCACGGGGUGACAAUGGGUACGGUCAGCUUGGCGUCAACUCCUGCGACAGUCACACCGCCACACGCAAGCUUGUCAAGAGUCUGGCCAGGAAGGUGACAGUGCAGCUGGCCUGUGGCGCCAACCACACCCUUGCCUUGACUGCUGAUGGUGACAAAAUACCUUCGGCCAGUUGGCACUUAGACACCGACAGGGGCCCCAGAAGGAUCCUGCCCUGGUGACCUCCUUGGCUGGCACCCUCUUAGUCCUACUGGCCGCUGCGGGUCACCACUCUGCUGCCGUGACCCAGGCCGGCUACCUGCUGUUGUGGGGGUCAAACAAGCAGGGUCAACUGGGCUAUACUCCCAAGGGUGAUCCUCUUGUUAGAUCUUCGCAGGGGGUGACGUCAGCUUGGCCACUGUCAGCAGGGAGAGUGGGGGUGCUGAGGACUUGCAGCCCUCCCCUACCCCGACCAAAUGCCCUCUCUCUCACAAUUCAAGAACAUAUGAUUAAGAAACUUCUGUCAAUUGAGGAAGAAGACAUGAUUGAUGACGAUUUGUUUACGUACACAGAGACAGUGUUUGCCUCAGUGUGCGCUUGGAACAGCUCCUUCACGCUUGCUGGCUUGCACAAACACACACACGGGCUGGACUACCGUUUGGCUGAGGACUGUGUGGCUCAGAUUGGCCGGAUUGCAAGGGAGACCAUUCAGGAAGUGGCGAGUUCGUACUGGCAUUCAAAACGUGGCCAAGAGUCUUCCUUCGCAUCCCCCCAGCCAGGACGCCUUACGCUGUUAUGUCCUUCCCCUGUACAAGGACUUCACUGACCCUAAACAAACGGCCAAACUCCAAACGCCGUAUGCUGAGGGAGUGUUGAAGCUUGGCAAGGAGAUGGCGGAGGUGUUCAAGACCAGCGUGCCCUUGUGUCUUCCCUGCGGCUGUUGUCCCUGGUCCACGGUCUGAACUUCCAAGCCGGCUGCCGAGUGGGGCGGUUGAACUACGACGACUUUUACAUCCCAGAAAUUGCAGAGAAAAUUGAUAUUAGGAAUGAUUACUUGAACGGGAUGAACAGCAGGCUUCACCCGAUGUCCAGGAGGGAGAGUCCAAUCCUGUUCUGUGAGUAUCCAUUCUUGUUCGACCCUCAGGCCAAGACGCUGCUGCUCAGGUGUGACGCCACUCGGCAGGGCGAAUGUUUCCCAGACCACCCGGUCAUACGCACGUUCUGGGAAGUAUUUCACAAACUCUCCCUGGAGCAGAAGAAGUUGUUUUUGAAGUUCCUGACGGGCACUGACAGGGUUCCUAUUCUGGGCAUGAAGGCACUCAAGUUGAUGAUCCAAAGCACAGCAGACGACAGCUUCCUUCCGGUCGCACACACCUGCAUCAACCAACUCGACCUGCCAAAAUACAACACCAAAGAGAAGCUGAAAUACAAACUUCUACAGGCCAUACAGCAGAGUGAAGGGUUCGGCCUGGUGUGAGGGUGUCAGGGGGUGUUGACGGGGUGUGAGGGGGUGUUGAAGGGUGUGAGGGGGUCAGGGGGAGGCUGUGUGAGUUGGAUAAGAGUGACCUUGUGUGUGGGAGGAAGUGCCUGUUAAGAAAAUAGAAUAUAUAGAAAUUAAUAGAAAAUAUAUGUAAUAGUUUACAGAAUUAUUAUUAUUAUUAUUAUUAUUAUUAUUAUUAUCAAAUUGAGUAUAUUUUUUAGUCUUGUUACAAAAAAAAAUGAGUGAAAUAAAGAAAAUGAAAAAGGUAA